CGCCAUCUUGUCGGAGAAUAGCGACAAGUGACAUAAAUUUUGGCGUAAAACAACCUUCAAGCUCAAAAGUAUAGAUUAACAUUGGUCAUUAUAUCAUUGCUAAAAUACGAAGAUGCCUUUGGCGCAGUUAGCUGACCCAUGGAGGCCCAUGGACGUUUCAAAUGAUGAGGGCUCUCAAGAGGAUAUGUUGGUUGAUGACAAUAAUGAAGAUGACCUAGACACGAUUGAGAUUGGAAGUGAAACUGUUGGUAAAGAUGGUGAAAGGGUUGACCCAUCAAAUUUUGAGUUGCUCAAAGUACUUGGACAGGGAUCUUUUGGAAAGGUAUUCUUGGUUAGAAAAGUGACAGGGAAAGAUGCUGGCACAUUGUUUGCAAUGAAAGUGUUAAAGAAAGCUACUCUGAAAGUGCGGGACAGACAGAGAACCAAAAUGGAGAGAGAUAUUUUAGCAGAUGUAAAUCAUCCAUAUAUUGUAAAACUUCAUUAUGCAUUUCAAACAGAAGGCAAGCUAUACCUUAUCCUAGAGUUUCUGCGGGGAGGUGAUCUGUUCACAAGGCUUUCCAAAGAGGUGAUGUUCACAGAAGAAGAUGUGAAGUUUUACCUGGCUGAGUUGGCUCUUGCCUUGGACCAUCUACACAGGGUUGGCAUUGUUUACAGGGAUCUGAAACCUGAAAACAUACUGUUAGACUCAGAUGGACAUAUAAAACUGACAGAUUUUGGUCUCAGUAAGGAAUCACUGUUUCAAGAUAAGAAGACAUAUUCUUUUUGUGGUACGGUGGAGUAUAUGGCUCCUGAAGUGGUCAACAGGAAGGGGCAUGGCACUGCAGCAGACUGGUGGUCUUACGGUGUUCUAAUGUUUGAAAUGUUGACAGGAGCUUUACCAUUCCAAGGUGCAAAUAGAAAGGAGACUAUGACACAGAUACUCAAAGCCAAACUAGGAAUGCCUGGUUUUCUUAGUCCAGAAGCACAAAGUUUGUUACGAGCAUUAUUCAAACGAAACCCUCAGAACAGAUUAGGUUCCAGUAACAGCGGUAUAGAGGAACUAAAACGUCAUGCAUUUUUUUCAACAAUUGACUGGGAGAAGUUGAUGAGACGUGAAGAAAAUCCUCCCUUCAAACCAGCAGUUGUACAAACAGAUGAUGCAUUCUACUUUGACCCCGAAUUUACAUCAAAGACACCCAAAGAUUCUCCAGGUAUACCUCCGAGUGCUACAGCCCAUGAACUAUUCCGUGGAUUUAGUUUUGUAGCUCCAGCCUUGCUAGAUGGCACCCAACAACCGCCAAACCCACUAGAUAAUCAAAUUAGUACUGCUAAAGUCAGAAAUCUUCCUGGUGUGAAAGUGUCAUUAUUUACAGAUGAAUAUGAUAUAAAAGAGGAUAUUGGUAUAGGCUCCUACUCAGUGUGUAAGAGAUGUGUACAUAGGUUAACGGGAAACAGCUUUGCUGUCAAGAUAAUGGACAAAGAAAAAGUAGACCCUUCAGAGGAAGUUGAAAUUUUACUGAGGUUUGGUCAUCAUCCAAAUAUUAUAUCAUUACGAGACGUAUUUGACAAUGGGAACAAAGUAUAUAUGGUAACAGAAUGGUUGCAGGGGAAAGAACUUUUGGACAAGAUCUUAUUACAGAAAUUUUUCUCUGAACGAGAAGCUAGUGCUGUUCUACAGGUUGUCACGAAAACUGUGGAAUAUCUACAUCAAAAUGGGGUUGUCCAUCGUGAUCUCAAACCUUCCAACAUACUUUAUGCUGACACCAGUGGUAACCCCGAGAGCUUAAGGAUCUGUGACUUCGGGUUUGCUAAACAGCUUCGAGCUGACAAUGGUCUUCUCAUGACACCUUGUUAUACAGCUAACUUUGUAGCCCCUGAGGUAUUAAAACGGCAAGGUUAUGAUGCUGCCUGUGAUAUAUGGAGCCUGGGAGUACUGUUGUACACUAUGUUGGCAGGGCAUACACCAUUUGCAAAUGGACCAAAUGACACUCCGAAUGAUAUACUUGGGCGUAUUGGAGAGGGAAAGUUCAGUCUUAGUGGAGGCAACUGGGAUUCUGUAUCUAUGGCAGCUAAGGAUUUAGUGAGUAAGAUGUUACAUGUUGACCCCCACAAACGGUUGGCAGCAGGGGACGUACUAAAACACCCAUGGGUUGCCAUGAGAGACAACCUUCCUCAUAUGCGACUGACUUUACAGGAUGCUAAUGCAGUGAAGGGUGCAAUGGCAGCUACAUUCAAAGCAUUGAAUACCCAACCAAAGGUGCCGUCACUGGAACCAGUAGGGGCCUCGUUCCUAGCUCAGAGACGUGGUAAAGCAAGACCAAAAAGUUCCACAGCCGUCUGAUAACAGCUGUCUGCUCUGUAGUAGUAACACCUCUGUAUAUAUAUAUAGGCAUUUAGUACAACAUUCAUACAAACAGUCAAGUGUGAUGGUUUUCCAAUCAUGUGAUUUGAUCACAUGACUUACUGUAGUCAUGUGACAAGCCUUUAAACAAGGUUUGUCCAGAUAAAAGUAUAAAAAGGAAUGAAUAUAUUUUUUUGAAAAAAAAAAGGUAAAUGUUUGAAGUUUUUAUGAAAAUUUAACAGUUGUUACAAUUGACCUGUGUCACCAAUUGACCUAUCACAACAAACAGUUGACCUGCUUUCAUACUGUGUUCGUCUACAUGUUUUAAUGUUCAGAAAUGCUGUUACUCAACAAAGAACAGACAGUAGGUCUUGCACUGAAAAAUUUCAUAUCAGAAUUUUUUAAAAUGAAAUCUGAAAUUCCUGAUCAUGCAGUAGUGUACAUUAGGCUGUAUAAAUAAAAUGAGCCGUGCCAUGAGAAAACCAACAUAGAGGCUUUGUGACCAGCAUGGAUCCUGACCAGCUAGCGCAUCUGCGCAGUCUUAGUCAGGAUCAAUGCUGUUCGCUAAUGGUUUUUCUUAUUGCAACAGGCUUAAAAAGCGAACAGCAUGGUUCCUGACCAGACUGCGCGGAUGCGCAGGCUGAUCUUGAUCCAUGCUGGUCGCAAAGCCACUAUGUUGGUUUUCUCACGGCGCGGCUCAAAUGUGUAUUACAGGUUUUUUUUUCAGUUGAAGUAAAGAUAAAUGUUAGCUGAAUGAUUAAAUGACAGAAUUAGUUUUAUACCUGUAUAAUUGAUUGACAGUUUGCUAUUUAUCAAGCAUAGGAAAGGUUUUCUUGUAUUAUAGAGUGAACGGUCACAAAUGGUUUUAUAGAAACUUUUGUUUUGAUACUGCAUUUUUGUAAACUUAUUGAAAUGAAUUUCAGACUUUGUUACUUACAUUUCACCCAUUGUUUUUCUUUUUCUUGUUACUGUGUGCUGUAUAUAUUCUAAUAAAAAUUAUUUUUUCCUGAAGAAGGGCAUUAUGUAUGUAUUGAUAUUUGCAUUUUGAUUAUAUUUUCCAAAGGAUUGGCUACUUCAAAAGUAAAAUACAAUGAAAAUGACCGGGGUUUCCACAGACCUUGAAAAGUGUUUUAAAGUUUAUGUUGCUUGAAAAUGACUUGAACACUAAAAACAACUGAAGUAUUUGAAGUUUGAAGAAAACUGCCUGAAAAAGAAAAGAACUUGAAAAAAAAAAACAUUCUUUCGGUGACUUGCUGUGUGGAAAGAGUAGAUACAAAAUAAAAAAUGAAGAGAAUUUGAAAGAAAAGAUGGUAUUUGGUCGCUUAUAGAUCCUUUAUGCACCAUUAUGUCUUUGACAGUAUUAUACUGCAAUAGUUGUAAUGUGUGAAAUUUGCACUAUAACACCAUUUUCGGAACAGUUGAUAAAAGUUACGUAUUAUAAUUCGAGGACAUGGUUUUAAUAAAAAUAAUCCUUCAAAAAGUGAAAGAAAGUAAUUGAAGGUUUUUCCCAGAUGUUCUGUAUGAUUCCUGGUUUCCUGUUAGAAAAGUUUACAAGUGAACAAGAUUUUUUAUUGGAAUAAAUACAGUAUUUCAUUUAUUUGCAUAGUUGUUAUGGGAGGAACUUUCGACUCCCUUUUGUUUUUUAAUUAAAAUUUUUUCAUUGCUUGUAUUGCCAAAUUUAUUUCUGUGUAUGUGAAAGUGUAUUGGUUGUUUUUCUACACACGACACUUGCUGUAGUUUACUGUACUAAAGUCAAUGUUGGUACUUGUGUUUGCUUUUUCUGUGGAACAUGUCGGCAUGUUUACUUGUAGAACAUAGGAGAAAAUGCUGACGGGUCACUUUAGUUUGACUAGUUGACAUGAUUUUUUAUUGUAAUUAAUACAGAUAUUAAGUUCUACGAAGCUAUAUGUUGGUAUGUGUUUUGUCAUGUGUUGUUAUUGUCAGUCUUUGGUAGGUUAUGCUGGAUUUACCUCUUACAUUGUUACCAUACUGAUCAAAAGAAUUUAAACUGUAAGUUAUGAUCACAAGAGAUUGUUUUAUCUCAUUAAGUUAGUUCUGCAAGUUUGAAACAGAUAUUGUUCUACAGUGUUAAAUCUUUUGUGCUCCCCUAAAUGGGGUGGCACUUAGGUUUGUCCUUGUCUCUGUCUGUCUGUGCAAAUUUGUUUUGUGCAUAUCUCAAAAGUGUUUGACCUACAGUUGUCAAAACUUCACAAGAUUGUUAUUCAGCAUGUGAAGUUGAGCAGCUGUGUUUUAAUUGGGAUUUCAAACAGCCAGACCAGAGUAAUGGCCCUUGACUUAGUCAAAAUAUACAUAGAAUGGCAUAAAAGUUUGUGUCACAGGAAUCUUAAAAUGAAUUUGACUUAGGGUCAUGGAACACAGUAGGAAUAUCAUUCAACAUGUGAAAGUUGUGCACCUGGGGAAGGUUGUGUUGCAUAUAUCAUAAAAAAAUAUUUGACCUAGAGUCAUGAAACUAUGUACAUUGAUAGGAAGUUGGGGCACCAGUGUCCUAUGGACACACCUCUAGUUUGUUUUCCUUCUGGACUGACAUAAAACAAUUUUUCUCUAAGACUUGAGAUUCGAAUGUGGGGUCGUUAUUUUAUGUGGGUGUGCAUUAUACAUAGGUAUUUACGGUACUGUUAAACCGUGAAAGACAAUUCUAUUCGAUUAUGAAUUCGUGGAUAUUGAACGUAAAAUAAAUGGAAACUUUACUGGUUCAUUGGCAUUAAAUUUCAUAAAUUGACUCGAGCACGAAAUCCACGAAAAUUAGUCCCCAACAAAAACUAGUGAUUCCACUGUAUUUGGUUUACACUUUAAUAUGUUUGUCUUGCAAGUGUACCAAGCAGGUAAUUCAAAUGUUUAUUAAUAUACCUGUGCUGAUCUAGUACAGGUUACUUAAUGGGUGAUACAUGAUUUAGCUUAACAUUUGACAACUUGACAUCAGAUUUAUUUUUGAAACGUAUGUUACUAUUAAAUUUGUAUUAUGUUUAGAUAUUCUUUGUUGAUACUAUGUUUUAAAAAAUUAACUCAAUAGUGCUAUAGCUUUAUUCUAGUUUAUUGAUACUGUUAGCAUAAUAUCAAAAUAUACACAUACAUGUCUUACAGACACAUUUCUAACUUGCUUGCAUUACUUAUAAAAUUGAUCAGGAAAAUUGUAUUGUAUUCAUUUACCCUGCUAAAUUUCUUAACUGUACUGGUCUAUCAUUCAGUUCGGGCAGAACCAUUUAUUAUUUGAAGGGGUGAAAAUUUACGGACUGAAUAGCGGACAGUGCAAACCAUGAUCAGCUGGCACGGACGUGCGGGCUGAUCUUGGACAAGUUGGUCUGCAGUGGUCGUGAAGACAGAAUCACUUGCCGCCAGCAGGCCAGAGGUUGAACAAGAUAACUGGCAUUGCUGAUUAUGUAUAGCUAUAUGUUAAGAUCAUACCAAAGGGCCUGUGUCGCUGAGUGAUUACAGUGGCUGUCAUAAAAUCAUUUGCUCCUAACAGCUGUCGGUUAGUAAUCACUUUGGAAGUAGAAUUCUGUCAUGUGAGAAAACCAAUCUCGUGGAUUAUGAAAGAUAAGUAGUUCUACGCUGGUGUCCGUUCUUGCCUGAUUGCCUGAAUAAUACCAGAGGGACAUUUGGGAUCCUCCUCUAUUUUUAGUUAGAAAGUUGCUAAACUUGAGUAUUUGUGACUUUGAAAAAUGGAACUAAACAAACUAACUUCAUACAGAAGGAUGUUGAAUUUUCAAAUGAUAAUUACUAAGUUUCCAUCACCUAUUUUUAUCGUUAUUGUAUUACACCCCUCCAAUGAUCAUGCUAAUAUUAAAUUUUGAUAGCUAGAAAUGUGUCUGUAAGGUAUAUUGGCUCAGAGGGAAAAUAUUGUAAAUGUAUAUAAAUAAAAUAGCAGACUGUAGGUCUGCAGUAUAGGGGAUCAAAGAAGUUCCAGUAACAGUAGGAAAUAGGCAUGAAUGCAUAAUAUAUACAAUAUUAAACCAUGGAAAUCCUAUUUUGAAAUUAGACGUAAAUUAAAGCCAGCUGAAAUUUCUGUUGAAUAUAAACUUUAAAAACAAGUCUGGUACAAGUGGACAUUUCUAUUGCUCAAGUGUGAGAGUAAUCACUUACUGCUGUUAAGCAGUGUCUCCAUUUAACUUAUAAAGCUACAGUUGAACUUUGUUAAGUUCAUCUUGACUGGACCAGCAAAAUUUGUUCGAAUGAUCGGUUUUUGGAGCUAUCACACAAAAUUCAUUAUACAAGGAUUUUUCCUGGACCUAAUGACAAAUAGGAGAGAACGGUGGGGUACGAAUUAUCUGAGUUCGAGUUAAUAAAGUUUGACUAACUGAUUUGUGACACAGCAAACUAUAAGUUAAGUUUUGCCCCUUUUCCUGUUCAGAUAUUUCUUUCAAAAGACAUUGACUGACAUAAACUGUGCCUUUCUUGUUUUUUUUGCAUUACAAUUUUAACAUCUCGAAAAUGUCUGAUUUGAUUUCGGAUUCGUGUCCUCUGAAGUAAUAUUUAGUAACAGAGAAAAUUCUUACUAAAUGUUGCAUUGUAAAAUGGAAUUGCUGUUCCUGGUCAGAAAGUAAACAAGAGCAUUAUGAACAAACACUAGACUUUUAACUCGUGCACACUGGAUUAGAGUUUCUAGUGAUUUUACCCAUGCCAGGAAAACCCAUCUGGCACCUUUCUUUGUUCCAGGUGAUUUGUGCUGUCAGUGACAGUGAAUUCACAACCAGGAGCAAAUAGUUGAGGACAAGUUGAAAAUAUUUAUGUACUUUAUCCUAAAGCCUGCUGGCAGCAAGUGAUUUUGCCUUUGUGAUCAGUGCAGACCAGGAUCAGCCUGCUCAGACCUGCAGGCUGGUCAUGGACUGUACUGUUCGCUAUUCAAUCACUAACUUUAAACUGUAUUUAUCUGAUUUAUCUGAUAACAUGUAAAGGUAAGAAUGUUUAUUAGCAAUAUAUACAGGAUGCGCAGGCUGGUCUGGAUCCAUGCUGGUCGCAAACUCACUAUGUUGGUUUUCUCAUGGCAUGGCUCAUAUAAAGUCUCAAAUCUGUUUCCUCUGCAAAGCCAGUUUUAACACGAUUGUUUGGUUCUCAUAUACAUCAAGUUAAUUAUAUCAGUUCCACUAACCAUUCUGUACAUAGAAACGCACAAUUUGUAUCAGACAUAGACACAUAUCAGUAGCUUAUAUACAAAUUUAGAUAUAAUAUGGGUAAAUAGAUUUGACUAUUUGGUUCUGUAACAUAGCAGAUAUAAUAUUUUGUUAUUUCAAUAUUUACCAUUGUAAAGACGUUUUUGCUUAAGACUUAAUGGGCCGAAGGUCAGUGGUUCUACCCAGGUGCCCGCCUGUGAUGAAAUAAUGCCUGGAGGGGCACCUUCCUCCACCAUCAAAGUCAGACAGUGGCCAUAUGACAUAUGAUUGUGUUGGUGCGAUGUUGAACCAAAAAAAAAAAAAAAAAGUUUUUAAAGCUUAAUGGGACUGGUAAGAUGCGACAUGUGUCAGUGUAUGCACCAUUUAUAAUCAUCUGUAAAACCAGCAUGUGUACAUUUGAUAAUUUAAAAAUACCAGUUAAAUUUGGUGGUAAAAAUGUGUGAUCAGAAACCAAAUGACCAAUUCUAAAUAUCCGGUAACCUAUGGUAGCUGAAGACAUAGACUUUUUCAGUAUCAUAUAGUUAUUCAUUAAUCAACUUUUAAGUCAUGUAGUUCAUUUAAAUGCCUUUUCAAAACUGUUUUUGUACAUAGUAUUGAAUUGUGUUAAGUUUUCUCUAAAGAAAGUCUUCUUGUUAAAUGAGUCGCCUCGGCAAAAAGUUUUAGAUCUUUCACCGUAUGAAAUGUGCUGCCAUUAACUAGGUUAAUUAGCAAUGUAAACCACUUGAAACAGUUCUAGAAAUAGAGGUUUUGAAGAAAAUGUAUGGAAUAAAAGUUUUCUACAGACUGGAGUUAAAUGAAUGGUGUAAAUGAAUUUUAUAGGGAAGUUAAGGGAAUAUUGGGAAAUUUCUCCCUACCUUACUAAAAUUAUUGCUUAAGAAAUGAAAAUUGAAUCAUGAAAAACGUGUAUUGUUCUAGUUAUAAAGACUAGUGUAAGUGAUAAAUUUCACAUUUCAAAUUUUUGUUAUAUAUUUUUGUAUUACAUGAUUAAGACUAUUUGGUAAACAUAUUAGAAUUACUUAGAAAGGACAAGUUUAAUUUAGGAAAUUCUAACAUUUUGUCAUCAAUGUUAGAUCUGUUUUUUUUUUUGGUAAUUUGCAAGACAAUUGUGUUGUAUAUCUGUGAUGGUAAGUACUAGUGCUCAUGUUUGUUUGCUCUGCUGAACUGUAGGGCUCACUCUACUGAACUGUAGGGCUCACUCUACUGAACUGUAGGGCUCACUCUACUUAAGAUUCCAGUUAUAUGUUUGUGCAUUAUUGCAUAGUUUUGUUAUAACAUUUUGAGAUAUUUACUGCAUUGUGAAGUAAGUUUAUACUAAUAAUUGAGACGUGCCAUGAGAAAACCAACAUAGUGGCUUUGGUACCAGCAUGGAUCCAGACCAGCCUGUGCAUCUGCGCAGCCUGGUCGGGAUCCAUGCUGUUUGCUUUCAAAGUCUAUUGCAAUUAAAGAAACCGUUAGCGAACAGCAUGGAUCCUGACCAGACUGUGCGACUGCGCAAGCUGGUCUGGAUCUAUGCUGGUCGCAAAGUCUCUAAGUUGGUUUUCUCAUGGCAUGGCUCAUAUAUACUUUAUAAAAUUUGAAUCUGAGAACUCAGCUGAGACUAAAAGUUGUUAAUAAACGUGGGGCCACCCACAAGCUAGGCAUUGUAGUGGAGAGAUGAAAAAGCACUGUGUAUAUCAAGAAAAUAACACAUGUAAAACUGUAAGUAAGAAUGGACAGGCACUGAUAUAUGAGUGUUCUAUCAGUCAUGCACAUGUUAACUUACACAUAACUCGGUCAAUGUGCACCUCAGUGCUUAACUUUUACUCGUUGUGGAAAGACAGAGAAAAAAUACCGCACUGAGAACAAUGGCAUUAGCUUACAAUAUACCAUUAUUAAUGGUUCUAGUUGACUUUCUUGUGCAUUUAUCUAGAUUUAUAUAUGAGCCGCACCAUGAGAAAACCAACAUAUUGGCUUUGCGACCAUGCAGUCUGGUCAAGAUCCAUGUUGUUUGCUUUCAAAGCCUAUUGCAAACUAUUAGUGAACAGCAUGGAUCCUGACCAGACUGUGCGGAUGUGCAGACUGAUGUGGAUCCAUGCUGGUCGCAAAGCCACUAUGUUGGUUAUCUCAUGGCACGGCUCUUAUAAGAUUGAGAUGCCAUUUGUCAAAGCCUAUUGCAAUUAGAGAAACUAAUAGUGAACAGCAUGAAUCCUAACCAGACUGCGCGGAUGCGCAGGCUGGUCUGGAUCCAUGCUGGUUGCAAAUGUACUGUGUUGCUUUUCUAAUGGUGCGGCUCAUAUUAUAAGGGAAUUGCAUGUAAAUGCUGUACAACCUAGAUGUAUUAUUUUCAAGACAAAAACACCCAUUAAUAGAUUCUAUGAUGUUCAUUGAACACAUUUUUGACAACUUUUUCCAGUAAUGAAUUGUUUUGACUAAAGAAAGAGUAUAGAACUUUUUGAGCAGUUUAUAUACAAUAUGUAAUUUGGUUUGCUUUUACACAGAUCACAUUUGUACAUGCAUGAAUGCUUCCAUGUUGGUUGACAGUAAUAGGCCAAUGAAAUUUGUAGUUUGUAUCACAUGACAUGUCAAAAUUAUUUGUAUAUUUUGUAGCAAAAUCUUUGUAAUGAAGUAUUUGUGUAAUUGACAGAAAAACAGAUGUGAUAGUGACUGAUGAAAUUGUUGCAUUGUAUUUUAUAUGCUUGUUUCAUUAGGUUAGAAAUAUCUUGAUUAACCAUUACCCUGCUAAAUUUCUAAAAUAGACUGGUCCAUCUUUCAGUUUGGGUAGUACCAUUUAUUAUUUGAAGGGGUGUUUACUGAAAAUUUACUGACUGAAUAGCAAACAGUGCAGACAAUGAUAAGCUUUAUGAAUGUGCAGGCUGAUCUUGGACUGCACUGGUUGCAAAGGCAGAAUAACUUGCGGCCAACAGGCUAAAGGUUAAUAUCUUGUAGUUGCUGUUCAGAAGGAAAUUGGUUAUAUACUUCCGUAAAGGAAAGGACAGUCGUCAAAAAUAAUUCUUAACAAACGCCUCAUGAAACAUAUUUAAACAACACAUAAAUGCCUUUGAAAGCCUAGUUUCAGUCAAUUUUUUUUACCAGAAUUAUAGUCCAAUUAAGAUAUUUUUGCUAUAGAAGUGGAAUACAUUAUGCCAGUUUACUCCCAGCACAUUUUGGAAGUUCUGAAGAAGACUGGAUACAAAAUGUCUAAAGAUACUGACAUCAGCUGCAGAAUUUACUGGACAAACAUUUUGAAAAAAAAAACAAAAAACAUUUGUGUUUAAACAUUGGGAAUAAAAAAUGGAAACAGUUGAACAGUAUUGCCAAACUUAAGUUGUUUUUUGAAGUGUUAAUUAAUUUCACUAAAAAUCGUAGACAGUCUAGUAUGUCAGUUUGGGUUAAUUUUAUUAGCAGUGGCAAAAGACUAAAUUUUCAAAAAUCAUGUAUACCUUUUAAAAACCUCAAAGUGGUACAGAGUGGUACAACUUGUCUGAGCAAUUAUUUAACUUUUAAUUAUCAUUUGAUUAUAUAUUGAUACAGCAUGUAUGAUUAUGUUUUAUUUUCCGUAAUCCAUUUGAAAGAGAGAAAAAAACAGGCUUUUGAACAAUUAUUUAUAGUGGCUUUGCGACCAGCAUGGAUCCAUACUGUUUGUUAACAGUUUCUCUAAUUGCAAUAGACUUUAAAAUCGAACAGCAUGGAUCCUGACCAGAGUGCGCGGAUGUGCAGGCUGGUCUGAAUUCAUGCUGGUCGCAAGGCCACUAUGUUGGUUUUCUCAUGGCACGGCUCAUAUAAGGUUUCCAAAGAGUGCAAAGUUUCUAAUUUUUUCACAUGAUCAUAUAGCAACUUCCCAGUUGACUCCAGUGUUUUAAAUUAGAUUAUGAAAAGAAUUGCUACUAUUUAGAUGCAAAUGUAAAAGUUUCUGUACCAAAGCUGACAUAACAAGGUGAACAUUGAGUCAUAGAAGUUGUUUAAUGUGUUAAUUAGUGGAGUUUCCUAUGUAUAUACUUUGCAGAAAGCCAGUAUGAAAGAGUUAAACUUAUGAAAAAUCUUUCCCCCUAGUGAGUUAGUACUAAUGCUUGCGUUAAUAGUUUUAUAGGCCACACAGCUGCACUACAUAUAGUAAUUUGCAACUUUAAAAGCUGCCAGUGACACGAGUACUUGGAAACCAUAUAAGAUACACCGAGCAUUUAAAUACACUUCUAACCUGAUUCACAUUAGUACCUACUUUAUGAAGAGGAUAUUUGUUUGUUUUAGUGUAAGAUCAAAAUAUUGUUGCACUUAUCAUAUUUACACAGCACUAAGAAGUAUCACUCAUUAGACGGGGUCCUAACCUAUCCUUAAAAUUGAUGGUUUCUUUCAAGACCAAUAAAGACGGGUAUACUUUUGAUGAGUGGUAUAGCUACAAGUGUAAGAUCAAGUGUUAAUGAUAUUUUGAUCUUACAUAUAUAUGUAUCUUGAGUGUAACAAGAGUUUUCCAUUUUGUAGUUCCUUACCAAAGAAAAAAAAAAUGAUAUGAUAAUUUUACUGUGAAAUUUCCUCUUCAAAAUUUUUGAAGUUUAUGGAAGAAGGUGAUCAAUUAGUCAUUUACUAUAGAUAAGCUGUGUUGGUAUGCAGUAAGAUAUAUAUUUUCUGCUUUUUAGUGGAAGGAAAAUUAGUUAAGUACCCAACUGGGCAGUUAGAGCAAUAAAGUUUUACAAUUGAUUACUAAUGUAUUUACCCUUAGCCUGCUAAAUUUCUAAAAUGGACUGGUCUACCAUUCAAUUAGGGCCAUACUAAUUAUUCAAAGGGGUGUUCACUGAAAAUUUACUGACUGAAAAGCUAGAUCAGCCUGCAGGCGGAUUUUGGUCUGCACUGGUCGCAAAGCCAGAAUCACUUGCCACCAGCAGGCUAAAGGUUAAACUGUUCACUUCAGUUUACAAAGUGUAAUAGAAAAUAGUGAGUUCAUGAAAUUUUGGAAUUUAUCUGUUGAUACUAGUUCCCACUAGUUUAUGGAAUGUAGCCUAUCUCUGACUUGAGGUCAUAUUUUUAGAAAACUCUAUGUUUGUGAAAUACCAACAGGAAUGAUUUAGAAAUACCUCAUUUAUCCAGUCCAGAUCUUCCAAUUGUUUUGUAUUGGUUUCAUUGAUCAGUGUGUUCCAUUACUGAAAAAUGUAUGGGCAACAUCUAUGUUCUGCAAAAGGGGUAAUAUUGAUAACAUACCUAAAUGACACUUUUCUAUUAUUCAAGGAUGAACUGAAACUUUCAGUCCUACACAAUGGCGUAAUCACAUAAUAGCUGUGAAACUACAUUAGUUCUGAUAAAUCCAUUUUUCUUUCUGUAUAAGGCAAAGCAAUGCAUUCUGCUCUAUAAAUCAUAAUUCCCUUUCAGUUGCAGUAAUUUAUUUGUUAACUUGCUUAUUCUAAAUAAUAAUAUAUUGGAAUUUGCAAAUUUAAUGAAUUUUUUUUUGUAAUAUAUUAACUAAAAUCAUAAAUUUCCAGCGAUUCCAUUUUUUUUUCUACAUUAGUCUGUGUUUAUGUUUUUGCUUAUUUCAUAGACAUUAUUAUAUACACUGUAUUAAUACAUUGUUGUUAGAACUAUACUCUAUAGUUGCAAAUUGUGCUCACUGUAAGUGCUGUUUAUUUCCUAUUAAAACAAAUAAAUUAUAUAUACAGUUUUCUA